CUCUCUCUCUCUCUCUCUCUCAUCCCGUCAGCAAGAACAGCGGCUGUGCCUCUUAAAGCUGAUUAAAAUAUCUAUUUGCUCCUGUGAUGAGUGGAUAAACCACCUGACAUUCCCGCUGUAGGACAACGGCAGCUCACAAACAAGUUUCUCUUCUCUGUCCUUUCAUUACAGCCACACAACAUGAGGCGGGACCCCGAAGUGGUCACCGGGAUCACGUCGUCUUAACCUGCUGCACUUGGACUUUAUUUCUCGUGACGUGACCGAAUGACUUGAGUGAAAAAUGAACAAAACAAAGCCUCGGUCGACCACCGCGCUGCCGCCGGACACCAUGGACAUCAUCCGGAGCAAGACUCACUCCCGCCGGGUGAGACUCAACGUGGGUGGCCUCCUCCACGAAGUCCUGUGGAGGACGCUGGACAGACUGCCUCGCACCAGACUGGGCAAACUGAGGGACUGCAACACGCACGACUCCAUCAUGGAGAUAUGUGACGACUACACCCUGGACAACAACGAGUACUUUUUCGACAGACACCCGGGGGCCUUCACCUCCAUCCUCAACUUUUACCGCACCGGCAAGUUGCACAUGAUGGAGGAAAUGUGCGCCCUGUCUUUCAGUCAAGAGUUGGACUUUUGGGGCAUCGACGAGAUCUACCUGGAGUCCUGCUGCCAGGCCAGGUAUCACCAGAAGAAGGAGCAGAUGAACGAGGAGCUGAAGCGCGAGGCCGAGAACAUGAGGGAGCGGGAGGGGGAGGAGUUUUCUACUACGUGUUGUUCUGAGAAGAGGAAGAAACUCUGGGACCUCCUGGAGAAACCGAGCUCGUCGUUUGCUGCCAAGGUAAAUAAAACCCGCGGCCCCAAAACACAUACACACGCACAGGCCGCGACCCUCCAGCAGAUGGCGCUCUAGGCAACCACCUGCAUCUCCUUUUGCCAAGAGCUCUGGCUCUGACACCACGUACAGAAACAAACAGCACUGAAAAGGUCAGACGUUUCAAAUAAGAAGUUCCUGAAGUUAAAAAGUUAAAAACAAACAAACAAACAAACAAACAAACAAACAAACCCCCACAGACUCACGUCCAGCGACUGUCAGACUGUGAGCCUUAUUAUUAUUGUUGUUGUUGCUGCAGUGUUUCCUUGUUACUUUUAUCCUGAAGCAGCAGUUUUUUUUUUUUUGGUUUUUUUUUUUUGGUCUGUCAUUUUCAGCAGACUUUUUUACAGAGAAAAGAAAAAUAAUAAUAAUAAGAAGAAAAAACAGAUGAGGCUGAAAAAAGCAGAGAAACAUUAAAGGUUUCUGCAGCGACUCUGAGUGCAGUGAAAAGUUUUAUCCAACGUGAGUGACUUUCUUAAAGGAAUAGUACGCAACAAUUAUUGCUAUAGCUGUUAUAAACAUAGGGUGAGGUAGUAGGUCAGGAACGUUUAAGUAGGAUCU